CGGCUGUGGCGAGGACACUGGUCAGCCGUGGACGCUCUGCUGCCUGUUGUUGGGUGCCGGGCUGCCGCUGUGGGCGGAGUUGUUGCCUGUAGAAGCGCUGGAUCCGAAUGACUCUCAGAGAAGAGCUGGUGCUGAGCGGAGGAAGGAGCGGGACAGCGAAGAGAGAAGCGCGGUAACCAGAGGGCAGCGAGCGCCGAGGGAUCAGACAGGGGAAGCUCGGUCCGGUCGCCCUGCAGACAGCGGUGGAGCGGUAACUCCGUACUGCAGGCUAUGAACCCCCUGCUCCCGCUGCUGGUCGCUCUGCUCCUCGGGGAAGGCCAUGCCUCCUCAUUCAUCCAGCAGCCUGAGGAUAGAGUCGUGGUGGCUGGUCACCCAGUCACACUGUCCUGUGCAGUCACCGGCUAUCGCGGAAUCAUUCUGUGGACAAAGGAUGGACUUGGAUUAGGGGUCGAGAAUCAGCUGCCAGGCUUCCCACGUUAUUCCAUAGUGGGCGACCACGCAGCUGGGGAAUACAACCUCCGCAUCGAGAAAGCCCAGCUCAUCGAUGACGCCGUGUACGAGUGUCAGGCUACACACGCUGCCCUGAGGUCACAGCCAGCACGUCUGACCGUGCUCAUACCUCCAGACAAUCCAGUGAUCAGCAGUGGGCCAGUCGUCAGCCUGAAGGUGGGAGACUCCCUCAACCUGACAUGCCGUGCAGACAAUGCCAAGCCUGCGGCCGUUAUCACCUGGAUACGUGACGGAGAGCCCCUAAGUGGAGCUACCUACAUAAAGAGACUCCUGAAGGAUGGCAAACGAGAGAGCAUUGUCAGCAGCCUGCACAUCCCAUCGUCUGAAAUUGAAAAUGGCCAGCGUAUCAUUUGUAGAGCAAAGAAUGCGGCAAUCCCAGAGGGGAGGGAGGCCGAGGUCACCAUCGAUAUCCAACACCCGCCUGUGGUGAACUUGACGAUGGAGCCUCAGCCUGUCCUGGAAGGGAGCACGGUGAAGUUUCAAUGUUCUGCAAAGGCAAACCCUGCUGUUAGCCUGUACAGGUGGGCGAAGGGAGGCCAGCUACUGCGGGGAGUUCAGGGUGACACUUACGAGACGAUUGUGGACUACAGCUUCUUCACAGAGCCCGUGUCUUGCGCUGUGUCCAACCCAUUGGGAAGUACAAACAUCAGCCGAACUGUUGAUGUUUACUUCGGACCUAGGUUGACCUCCGAACCUCAGUCUCUGGCCGUGGACUUGGGGUCAAGCGCUGUGUUUAACUGUGCCUGGACUGGAAACCCAUCCCUCACCAUUGUGUGGAUGAAGCGAGGCUCUGGGGUGGUUCUCAGCAAUGAUAACACCAUGGUCCUGAAGGCCGUCACCCAGGAGGAUGCUGGGAAGUACGUCUGCAGGGCUGUUGUACCGCGAGUUGGCGCCGGGGAGAGGGAAGUCAGCCUGACGGUCAACGGACCCCCCAUCAUCUCCAGCACGCAGAUGCAACACGCUCUACAGGGGAAGAAGGGCCAAAUCAAGUGCUUCAUCCGCAGUACACCUCCCCCUGACCGAAUAGCUUGGUCUUGGAAGGAGAACAUUCUGGAAUCAGGUACCUCAGGGCGCUACACAGUGGAAACAGUGAGCAUGGAGGAAGGCGUGAUCUCAACACUGACAAUCAGUAACAUUGUGCGGGCUGACUUUCAGACAAUUUACAACUGCACGGCUUGGAACAGCUUUGGCUCGGACACAGAAAUCAUUCGGCUAAAAGAACAAGAGGCGCUCUCAUUGGCUGUCGUCAUCGGUGUGGCAGUCGGUGCUGGAGUGGCAUUCGUUGUUGUCUUUGCAACCAUCAUGGUCAUCUGCUGCUCGCGCUCCCAGAGAAGAUGCUUUAUUCCAGCUCACAAAAUACAUUCGUGGUGGAUAACCGGUACCUGCAUUGAUCAUUGUCAGGUGAAGAGAUUGCUUCCUCCCUUCACCAAGACUAACUGUCUGAGAGAGAUUAAACCAUUGAGACGGCAUCAUUUUCCUUUCACCAACAGAAAACAAAGCUCAGAUGUUAAAGGCGACGUUUCUGCCAAGAAUGAGAUCCGUGUAGAGAUUGUCCACAAUGGAGCCCAGCAGCCAGGAGACCAGGCAGCGAUUCAAAAUGUGAUGAUUAACCGGGGAGAGUUUGAGCAGGACCCGGUGCUGAAACAGCUGGAAGUCCUCAAGGAAGAAGAGAAGGAAUAUCAACACAUCAAGGAUCCUACCAACGGUUACUACAGUGUUCACACCUUCCCAGAACUCAGGCCAGCUGCUGCCACUGGCACUGUGGGCUGCCCACCUGACCAGAGACCAUCCGUGAGGCAACGGGUGCCCACAGGCAUGUCCUUCUCGACCCUCUACACACAGCUGAGUGCCGCUAACCGCAUGUACGAGUACGGGCAGCGCUUUGUGCUGGGCAACGGGAGCAGCUCCAUCGAGCUGUGCGAGCGGGAGUACCAGCGGGGCUCCAUGAGCGACAGCAACUCCUUCCUCGACAACCAGUGUGACAGCAGCAUCAGCAGCAACAGCAAGCAGGACAGCUCGGUGCAGUUCGACGAGGCCAGCAAGGCUUCGGCUUCCUCCCACUACUCUCACUCAUCGUCUCAGAACUCAGACUUAACACGGCCACUGCAGAGGCGAAUGCAGACCCAUGUCUGAGCCCCUCCUGUCCUGGGCCCCUCCUCCUGGAUGCCUCUCCUGCUCCUGAAUCUUCAGUGGAAUCUCCAUGGGCCAAGUCCUUCAAACCUGCCCCCCUCCCAGGGCCACUCCUGUCUAUUUCCAAGUGCCCCAUGGAUAAUGGGACUGUGACAGCCUCAGUUCUUGAUCCAGCUAUGACUUUGAGUCCUGGCCUCAACCCAGCACUGGUGGGACAGACUGAUGCAGAUUGUUUAAUGACACCUCUGGUCUAGGACAGGGAACCAAACUGUGCUGGAUCUCCAAGAAGGUCGCCAACGUCCUCCAAUGGAAAGUAGGAAACACGGUGGAUCAAGUAACAGCCGAGUGAUGUGUAGGUGGGGUGGGACUGCCUCGAAACUGGGCUCUCAGCCCUUCUAUCUUCAAGGGGUGAUCCGUGCCCAACGUUGGGGGCAAAAGACAGAUUUGUCAUUUUUGUGCAAAAGACCAAUCUCUACUCUUUGAGCUUUGCCGCCAAUGUCAAGGGCUUGUGAAAGUCGACAGAGGUCAUCUGUUGAAAGGUUGGGCCCAGGGCUGCAGCUUGUUCAGUUUGUUCAGCCCUGCAACAGUCUCCGCAGUGUGAAGACUAAGUAGGAUGAUGGUUACACAGUUUGAUGUGCAGGCUGUCCCAACUGAGGCUGGAGGGGCUCAAGCGAUUUCACCCCUUUGGUGAAAAGUUCUCCACUGAAAUGUCCAGUCAACAUCUAUUCCUGUCUGUCUCUCAGUCCCCAUUCUGUCUCCUCCUGCCUCUCUCACCUUGUCCAGCCAGCUGUCCACACAGAAGCACACAUCUGCACUGCCUUAAGAAGGGUUGUUAAGUGCGCACAAAUGCUGGAUAACUGAAGGAGGGUAAAGGCUCCAGAUGGUCCGAUAUCUGCUCCCGUUACUUAGGGGUCCCGUCACCCUCAGGUCACCCCUGACCCCUCCACACUCAGAUACUGACCCCCGUGAGCCCCACCCUCUACUACUCUCAAAUACCAGCUCUUGUGAUCCCCGUCCACAGCCGAAUACUGGUACCUAUCACCCAAGAGAAUUUGUGCACAGACACUGCCUCCGUGACUCCCAUCCUCUCUGCCCUCAGAUACUGACCCCGAUGACCUGUGGAAUGGGUUACUGGGCCCCGCAUUGUCAGUGUCCUGAGUUCUGUGGCAACUUGCUCUAACUGAGAGACCAGUUCCCUCCACACACCCCAGGGCUCGAAGGAUGAGAGAUCCACUGUUAUUCACCCCAAUAUUCUUUCACACUCUCGGCUUUCAAAAUUAAAUUGAUGGAAUGUCAAAUGCUUUAUCUCUGUCACAGGUGUGAAUUCUUUAAAUAGAACAUGAAAAAUUGGUGACAGAGGUUGGUGAAGUGUACAAAAGAUGUAAAUAUCAUUUUAAUCUCAUGUACAGUGUUUCACAAAGUUGAAGUGUUGUUCUUCGCCACCCCAACUGCAAGUUGUUUGUUUGGCAUUUGUGCUACCUAAUCACCCACAGUCAGUCACAGUAAAUGUUCCAAUAUAGUGCAACAGUAAGGGUCAUUCACAAUACACCAUGAUAUUCAGGCAAAUCCGUGGACAACUCAGUAAUCCUAUAUGUCAGUAAAUUAGGUACCACAAUGCCAACUUGUUAACAAAAAUGUGGAGUAUUGUUUGCUGAUAAUAUGUUUUUAUAACAAUUUCUGAAGUAAUUUUGAAAAGAAUUGUACAUUUUUGAGAUAGAGGAAAUUUCCAGUGAACCUUCUGGAUAAUGCCAGUGUGCACUGUAGAUAGUACCAGUGAACCUUUUGAAUGGUGACGGGCAGCUCUGGAAGAACAGCUGGGUUCUGACAUCUAAUACAGUCCCAUAGAAACUUCUGUAAUUUGACAUCAGGGACGCUCAAUGGAAGGCUCUGAUCUACAAACACAAUUCAACUCAAGGAACAGCGUAAGGGAGCUCGGUACCCAACAAACACCUCACUUUGAUCUGUGGAAGCAGUCACCAGGUUGCAUCUCCUGUAGACCCAUGGGUAUUUUCACAGGUGGGGCAGCCCUCCCUUGGGUCAGGCUAUUGGUGACGACCUCACACUUGUGCUCCUCUGAAGGACAUGUGCAUCCUUAGCUAAGGGGCAAAUUCAAACUACCCUGUCGAGUGGGGAUGAAGCAUUUAAACGGCAGAGUCUCAGUUGCCUGCACAUUCCUGCAUAUUUCUCUUUCUUACACCACAAGGUCUGCAAAGUGAAUGCAGCUCCAGACAGAUAGGAAACUCUUUGAGUCAACACAAACCCAGGUCUAUUGAAACCUGUGUAACCACUGUGAGGUUAGCCUUCAUCCUGAGGAAAACCCAGUCCACUCGGCCCACCAAUUUGGUUAAGCACCCUCAGACACUGACUCCACACCCCUCUCUCCACAUAGACCCUAACCCCACAUCCCUCUUUCCACACAGACCCUAACCCCACAUUCCUCUUUCCACACCCAAACACUGACCACACACCUCUCCCAAAAUGAAUCACUUCACACUUUUCUGGGUUGAACUCCACCUGCCAUUUCUCAGCCCAGCCCUACAUCUGGUCAAUGUCCCAUUGCAACCUACAAUAACCCUCCAUAUUAUCCACAACUCCCACCAACAUUUGUGUCAUCUACGAACUUACCAACACAUCCUUCCACUUCCUCAUCCAAGUCACUUGUACCUACACACCUCCUACCAAUCUGAUCUCCUUCCCAGCAGCUGACAACACUGCAGUCUCCUCACACUGCCAUUGGACCACCUCAGGACUAGCCAAUCAUCACUCUCCACCAACCAGCUGCCACUCACUGCCCCAAAAGACAAGAAGCUGACCAAUGGCGUUAAGCUAAGGCAAACCACCAAAAUUGUCCAUCACAGUACAGACUGUGCAGAAGCCCUACCCUUCAGGCUCUUUUUCUGUGUCCAUAAUUCCUACAUGUCUUAGUCAUGACUCCAAAACCAAGGCUAAUGUUCCUGGGCAUCAAUGAGAAACUGGUGCACUACCAUUUAAAAUCUUCAGAGUUACAUAAGUUAAUCAAUUAUAAUUAUAUAAAUAGUUUGAUAUGAAAUAUAAAACUUCUAUCAAUUUCCUGGAGGAAUGCAAAUGAUCCCAUAAAAUGAUUCUUAAUGAGAAGGGUAGGUGUCCAAGAACAAUAUUUAACCUUAAAUCAACAUCCCUAAUCAGAAUGUCGUCAUCCCCCAGAUUAAUUUCUGUUUGUGGGAGCUUGCUGUGUAACAGUAGCUGCUUUUUCCUCAUUAGAACAAUUGCCCUACUUCAACAGUAUGUCAUUGUCUGUAGAAUAUUUUGGAAGAUUUAAAUAUAACAAAAGGCACCAAGUAAAUUGUUGAAACUGGCCUUCUAUGAAUAGUUUCCAAAACUCUGAAGCAGCUUUCUUGGGUGCAAAGGGAUAGUCAACUUGGUGGUGCAAUAUUCCCAAGACUCCCUGCAGUCUUCCUGUAAAAGGAAUAGCAAAAAUAACUCAAGAGAGCGCUGGUGGAAAAUUGCUGAAAUUUGCAUUCUCCUUUCAGAGGAUCUACACAAAAUACCAGACAAAAGAUCUAUGGAAAGAAAUGUGUACUUCUGCAAAACAGGAAUGUUUGGAAUAAAAGGUUCAUCCCCCACACUUACCUUCUAUUAAUGAAGGGUUAAGUUCUGUGCUCGUGGUCCCAGUGAGUUUACCUGCAUUUGCUUUCUGUGCACUCAAUCAGUAAAGAUAAAAUGUGAA